ACAACGUGAAGACUCAGGGAGAAGAUAGCCGUCUACAUGCCAAGGAGAGAGGCCUUGGAAGAACCCAACCAACCCUGCUGACCCUUUGAUCUUAGACUUCUGGUGUCCAGAACUGUGAGGAAAGAAAUUUCUGUUGUAACUCUAUGAGGGCGAGUGGAUCCAACUUUCCUGCUGGCCUGAGAGGCGUGGAGGGUUGCGAUGUCCGAGAAAAAGCAGCUGGUAGACUUGGGUCUCCUGGAGGAGGAUGACGAGUUCGAGGAGUUCCGCGAAGACGGGACUGGUUUAGAUGAAGAUUAAGAUGCACGUGUCUGGGAUGAUGACAAUGUAGAGGAUGACUUCUCCAAUCAGUUACCAGCUGAACUAGAGAAACGUGGUUAUAAGAUGGAGACCUCAUAGUAUGCAGAGGAAGUGUUGAAGCAACGUAAAGUUGAACUAUUUACUAAAUUCUAGGGCACAGAA